AUGCCUACAGUACUUAAGAUAGCAGUCCGUCUCUCUGAGAUUGCGUCACUGCUGUCUGAGGGGUUUUACGAAACAUAUGAGGUCCUAACCCUCCGACCUUUAAGAGACCUAUAUACACAACUCCUCAACGCCCAUGGCCUGUUCCAUGCGUCGACCCUGCUGCUAAUAUUCCCUGACGCUGAGGAUGUUGUACAACGAAUUGAAAAGCACGUAUUACAGUCUAAGGGCGACGAGCCCAUGGUGCUGAAGAAAUCACUAUCAGAGGACUACUCCAUGCUGGCAGUUGCGUCUGCAAUUAUUGCCCAGGUGGCAAUUACUGCGCUUCAAACGGGAUACCUUGGCUCGGUUCAUUGGACUUCAAGAGCCGCCUUUAUCAUCAGCCUUGUCACUGCCCUCCUCUCAGUAUUCUAUUCCUCCUUGCUACAGCGCAAACUCGGCAGCUUCUUCAAUGCCGAUGACGUGAAAGACUGGCUCAGCAAACCUAGUGGACUUAGGGAGCGUCAAGUUGUGGACCGGAUGAUUCGCGCCCUCUUGCGAAGACAGAGUGACGUGGAGCGGCCAUCGGUGCAGGACGGCAGCGACAAUAACAACAUCAAUACGGAAGAAGUAAAGUUAAUGGAGGUACAAAAGCUCGUCAUUGACUUCCGGGACCGCAACCACUGGGUCUCAGCCUCGCUCAGCUCCGCUAUGAUGAUCCAAACACCCGCGUUGCUUCUCAGACACUCCCUCGAAGCCUUCCUCGUGGGCCUCGGAAUUUCCCUUGGCUUCGUCGCAGCAGAUAACCUGGACGCCUCUAUAAACCAAGGUUCCUCAUUCGCCGUCUUAGUUGUGUAUAUUGCUGUCACAGUAUCCGCUAUUCUACUCUACCUUGUCCCAUCUAUGUUCAAGGAACUAGAAUUGGCACCCAUCCGCCGAUGGCAGACACUCCUAGAUGCAAAGCUCAAGCAAAACGGCUCCACAGACUCUCCCCAUCCAAAGCCGGACUUGGAGGCCCUCUUCCGCCAGCGGCCCGCUCCGGAUGAGAGAGUGAACACGGAGACUACUGUCCGAUUCCGGCCUCCCUUUACCCCCUCCAGACAGAAUACUUUUGAUACCACAUCUGACAACAGAUCCUGGAAGGGAAGACUAGAGGCUAUCGGCCGACCAAAACCAGAGCAUCCAGAGCACUCGCGGAACCAGGUACCUACCGAACAGGAGCAAGCUCACCAUUCAUCUCAAGAAGGUUUGACAGGUAUUGGCGUUGGCAACUUCGAGUCCGGCCCAGAAAAGGCCAAAUUGACCCAGGUACAAAGUAAUUUUGAAGAUAGCGCUGGAAAGGACCCUGGGGACGGCGCGCAUGCUGGCGUAUCCUUUGCAGAGGCUGAUAAUACAUCCCGGAAACAUGAGCUAGGCGUUAUUGACCCUGGUUCUUCUUCUGAUCCCGUCUCGCAGAAUAUCAAAUCAACCCAGGCACAUGAUAUUCCGUCCGAAGGUGCUUUGAGAGCUGAAAGUGAACCGUUCCUAGCAGCUCUACAUGCUUCUAUUGCUGCGCAAGAACAAUUGGCGUUAUGUUUGAAAGCUUUGCAGGGUCAGUAUGUAAGGUUCCGGAUGGAAGAAGACUAG